UGCAGUCAUGAAGGUCCAGUUUGGCAGGUGGCUUGGGCCCAUCCCAUGUACGGCAACAUCCUGGCUUCCUGCUCCUACGAUCGGAAGGUGAUCAUCUGGAAAGAAACCAAUGGUGCUUGGGAUAAACUCUAUGAAUACGGCAACCAUGAAUCAUCAGUAAACUCUGUACAGUGGGCUCCUAGUGAGUUUGGUCUAGUCUUGGCUGCAGCCUCAUCUGAUGGAUCAGUCUCGGUCCUUACGCACAAUGAUGGCAAAUGGGAUUCACAGAAGGUCAAGGAUGCUCAUGCUAUUGGUUGUAAUUCAGUGAGUUGGGCUCCAGCUGUAGAGCCUGGUUCUCUCAUUGAACCUCCCACUGGUCAGAAACCAAACCUCGUCAGACGCUUUGUGACCGGAGGAUGUGAUAAUCUUGUCAAAGUCUGGAAGGAGGAGAAUGGGGAGUGGAAGGAUGAGCAUGUACUGGAGGCACACAGUGACUGGGUACGAGACGUUGCAUGGGCGCCCUCUAUUGGUCUUCCUCACAGUGUCAUAGCAACCUGCUCACAGGACUGUAGGGUUAUCAUCUGGACCAACGAUGAAGGCACCGGUAGUACAUGGACACCCAAGAUUCUGAAUAAAUUUAGUGAUGUUGUGUGGCAUGUAAGCUGGUCGGUGACUGGUAACAUUCUGGCAGUAUCAGGGGGAGAUAAUAAGGUGAGCUUAUGGAAGGAAUCACUGGAGGGCCAGUGGGUGUGUGUAAGCGAUGUGAACAAGGGAGAAGGUCAGUCUCAAACCACCCAAUCACCGGCCAUUACAGCUACAGAGCCACAACCUGAACAAUGAAAAUACUCGCUUUGUAGAUAAGAUCAAUAUUGUAUAAGCCAUUAUUUUCAUGAGGAUUUUAUUUGCUUGAAUUUCACAAAUCAUUGUAGGGUAAGGAAUUCAACAACACAAAAUGCAUGUGUGAAUAUAAAAGUUUUCUGAGCUGGAAUUGCAGGUGUGAAGAUGUAUUGCAAGUGGCAUGUGUUGAUACCAUGAAAAGAAGAUCUAGUGUAAAUAUCUGUUUCCCUGUCAUCUGCGGAAUAGUCUAGUCAUGAAAAUAUUGGCUUAUACAGUAGUCGGUUGAGAACAAGAAGAGAAGGUUCACAAAAGGUAGCGUCUUACAGUUGACCGAUCAAAAUUGAGGGGUAGGUUCAAUAUGGUGCUAAACCACUAAUAUGUCAUCACAAGAUAUACACACUUGAAUGUGAUGAUGAUAAUGCACAUUAAUGGGAACUUUUAAGUGGUCUCUGAUGUACAAUCAGUUUAUCAUACGAGUAUCAAUUUGAUCACUGGUUGUAGGACAAGUAGGAUUAUAUGAUUUACAUAAUUAUUUUCUCAAAUUGAACUGACCCUCUUGAAAGGUUUAGUGGUUUGGUGAAAGUUUAAAUUUUACAUUCCACUAAGAUUAAUGUAAAUCAUUACCUUAUAGUUUCUAAUGUCAUAUACACUGUGAUAUGAAAGAAAUCAGUGAUGGUAUAUUCAUCUCAAAGAGGUUGAACCUUAGAGCUAUGAUUAAAGGUUAAGAAAUUAAAUUGAUAUCUGAAACCGUUGAAACCACCUUUGCAGUCGUGUCAAACCUCAAGCUGCUUUUCAAUGCUAUUCAAUUAAUAGAAUCUGUUUUGAAAAUACAAGUGGAUAUAUAAAUCUAGAGGAAAUAAACUUGAAACUUUUUAAGGUAUUUCUUGGCCAUGUAAGCUGUAAAAAUUGUUUAGAGGAUUGCUUUUAUUACCUUCUUGUUCUCAACCGAUGUUUUAUUUUGUCAGAGUUAAAUGGGCACUAAUGCAGUAUACAUUGUACAAACAAUAGUGCAGUUUAUGCCCUUUAGCCCUGCCACUGAUGUCUGUUGUUCUCUCUUUGUCGUUUGUCAUUUAUUUCUUUGUGUUGUUCGUUUCUUUUUAUACUAUAGAAUUUCACUCUGUGUUAGAUCUUAAUAAUGCUCUACGAAAUAUAGAUUCUUUUAAAAUGUUUAAAAUAUUACAUUAUCUGUAAUGGUCCAAUAGAUCCUCAAUUAUGAUAGCCUGUCA